CGGUCGUCCUCGACGCCGAAAAAAAGGAAAACAGCGGAAGCGGAAGGAGAUUAUUCCGGGCUAAAUUUCAUCCUUGCGGAUCGGAAAAUUCUAAAAGAAUCUGGAAUUUGGUGCGCGAAAGUUGAACUCGCUUGUGGUCUGGUGAAAAAACCGAAAUUUUCUGGAACUCUGAAAAGGUGUGGGUCCUGGGAAGCAUGGAAGUGGCCGUUCCGGGAAGAGGAGUCACAACGGUUGAGAAAGAAAUGGCUGAAGGUAAUGGUGAGCUGGUGGAAGAAAUGACAAAUCCGAAAAUGGGCGAAGGCGCUGGCGACGGCGAACGGACAGAGGACUACACCAAACUGCUCGAGUAUGGCCUGGACAAGAAGGUCGCCGGCAAGCUGGACGACAUCUACAAAACCGGCAAGCUCGCACACUCGGAGCUGGACGAGCGGGCACUGGACGCGCUCAAGGAGUUCCCGGUGGACGGCGCCCUCAACGUGCUCGGCCAGUUUCUCGAGUCGAACCUGGAACACGUGUCGAACAAAUCGGCCUACCUGUGCGGCGUCAUGAAGACGUACCGUCAGAAAAGCAGAGCCACCCAGCAAGGACUUCCCACACCUGCAAUAACAGUACAAGCCAAGGGCCCUGACGAGGACAAGAUCAAGGCGAUUCUGGAGCGCACAGGAUACACACUGGACGUGACCACAGGACAACGAAAGUACGGCGGGCCACCGCCCAACUGGGAGGGCGGCACCCCGGGCAACGGGUGCGAGGUGUUCUGCGGCAAGAUCCCCAAAGACAUGUACGAGGACGAGCUGAUACCGCUGUUUGAAAAGUGCGGCAAAAUCUGGGAUCUCCGCCUGAUGAUGGACCCGAUGACGGGCACGAAUCGGGGCUACGCGUUCGUCACCUUCACCUCCCGGGACGCCGCCUGCAACGCAGUGCGAGAGCUCGAUAAUUAUGAAAUAAAGCCCGGCAAAUGUUUGAAAAUUAACGUAAGCGUACCGAAUCUGCGCCUCUUUGUAGGCAACAUACCUAAAUCAAAAGGCAAAGAGGAGAUAUUAGACGAAUUUGGUAAACUAACAGCCGGCCUAAUAGAAGUGAUAAUCUACAGUUCACCAGACGACAAGAAGAAGAACCGGGGAUUCUGCUUCCUCGAGUACGAAUCACACAAAGCGGCUUCGCUCGCGAAGCGGCGACUCGGAACAGGAAGAAUAAAGGUGUGGGGUUGUGAUAUAAUAGUGGACUGGGCGGACCCGCAGGAGGAACCGGACGAACAAACGAUGAGCAAGGUGAAAGUAUUAUACGUGCGCAAUCUGACACAGGACACGAGUGAAGAAAAGUUAAAGGAAAGCUUCGAGGCGUUUGGCAAGGUCGAGCGGGUGAAGAAGAUCAAGGACUACGCGUUCGUGCACUUUGAGGACCGUGACCACGCGGUCAACGCGAUGAAGGACCUGGACGGCAAGGACAUCAACGGUUCCGCCAUCGAGGUAUCGCUGGCGAAGCCCCCGUCCGACAAGAAGAAAAAGGAGGAGAUUCUGCGAGCCCGGGAAAGGCGUAUGAACCAGUUUCUGCAGAGCCGAAUGGGGAUAGUUGGUAAUGAUCUCUUCUCUCCCGACAGUGAUUUCGUUCCUCCCUACAGCAUGUCACCGCAGCAUGCCGGUAUGAUGUCAGGUGCAAUGCCACCGAUGCGAGUUCCUAGCGGAGCCGGUGGCCCCCGGACCGGGCCGAUCCGGGGCGGACCGAUGAGCCGCGGCGAUUAUGAUUUUGAUUACGACUAUUACGGGUUCGCGGACUAUCCGCUGCGCGGCGCUAGUGGCACUGGCAGCCAUUUUGCCGAUCCGCCAUUUUACGACGACUUUUACCGAGGAAGUGGCGGCUACGGGGACGAUUACUACUUUGACUAUCCGACGGCGGGUGGCGCUGCCGGCGCCGGAACGUCCAGUAGUGGCGGUGGAGCAGGAGGAGCAAGUGGAAGUGGUGGUGGAGGAGGAGGAGGAGGAGGCGCCGGCUCAUCGCAUCAUCAUCAUCACUCGUAUCACUACCAUCAUCAUCACCAUUCGGCGGGAGCGGCGGCGGCGGCUGCAGCUGCUGCGGCCGCUGCGGUUGCCGCCCGGAGCGGCGUGGUCGGUUCCAAGCUGCGCAAGAUUGUCUGAGAACCACAGGUGCCUUGUUUGUUUUCUUCUUUUCUUACCGAGUUGUUACUUUUCGAUCGCAAACGCCACGAGUUAGCCGGCCGACACAGGUUAGGGUCGAGCUGUUACGCGCGGGACAGCUGGGUAGAGUUUAAGAUGGCCGCCAUUAUCGCUUUUUAGAGUUUAGUUUCUUUCCCCCAACUCCUUAAAAUGCUUUUAGUUUCGCUUUAUUUGCUUUUAAGUAGCCCCAAAAUGCUUUUGUUAAUAAUAUGCUUUCUUAACCCCACAUUACCUCCCCAUUAACAUAAAAUAAACAUAACCUACAAGUGUUAACCCCUUUUGUUGCCACCGCAUCAUCUUUAUGUUUUCGGACCAACCUUUUAAAACCCUCUUUUCGGCCAUGAUUGCAGUGUUAUUCUUCAUAAAAAAAACACACAUACAUACAUACACGUGUAAACAAACCGAGGAAGGAAAUGUCAGCAUUUAGGAGUUUUUUUUUUUUUUGUUCGCAAUAUUCAGAACGUCAAGCACUUGAGGUACCACAUCACGGCGGAGAGUUUCAAACUGUGAUGUGGUACCUUAACCAAACUCACGCUAUCUCACACACGCAUACGCUUUUGUUUCUCUGAACUAACCUCACAAAGCGUGUCCCGCCAUUUUGUUGGCGCUGGACGGCGUUAAGGGAACACGGGACAAACGAUUGUUGUGUUGAACUCUUCUCAAUUUUCAAAAAAAAAACGAAAGGUUAGAACGUCAGGAAACGUUAGACGCUAGGGAGUUGAAGUCGAAGGAGAUGAGAGGAGCGCAGUAUAGAUUUACAGUUAUAUUUUCAAAUGUAUAAUUACCUUAGUUUUUACGUUUAACGUUAAGUUUGAUCUUUGGUGCGACCCGUUCCGCUCUCCGGACCGGGACCGUCCAACCAUCGAGUUCACUUUUUAACGCGUUUUUCGCCUUUUUUUCUUUUUCUUCUUAUGUUUUUCUUUUUUAUUUUCAUUUCUAUUGUUCCCGUCGAUGCGCGUCCGCUCGCACGCAUACACACAAACACAACUCAUUUCCAAAAACACACCCACACAAACACACGAAAACUUGUGCGUGGCGAAUCGAACCAAAAUGUAAACAAAACGCGUACCGCUGUAAACAAAUCGAAACAACACAAAAAAACGCGUGACCCGGAACUGUCAAAAAACGCAAUCAUGCCAUACAAACGCAAACUUAACAACAGGGGGUUGGUCGUGGACGUGGAACCACGGCACGUGGCCGAACCGUUGGGCACCGUGGCAACAGCAACCGCCGGGGGGUCCCGCCGGGUCUGCGAGUGGGCACCGCGGGGGCUCCGGCACCAGUCGGGGCGGCGGUGGUGGUGGUCCCUGGGGUGGGUCGAACUCGUCUCAGCGGGCGUGGCACCCAUCAGCGCGCCAAACCGCCACCAAAUAUACCAGCAGCAGCAAUCGGUAAGCGUAAGUUCGACGGUGGUCACCAAAAUCAAGGGGAUAUAAAACGGCGCUACGGAGCGGCGGCGGCCGCGGCGUUAGGAAAUCUUGGUAGUAACUGGGGCAGCCAGCCGUUACCCCAGCAGCCCCUCGGCACCAACGGAGGGGAGCAGUGGUACACCGACACGUACUCGGUGUGGAGUUAAGGAUUCGCAACAGUUUGCUAAACAACAACAACAACAACAACAACAACAACAAACGCAACCGCAACCGCAACAACAACAAAAAGCACGCUGAACAAUAAACACUAGAAAUUCUCACAAAUACAGACUCGCGCGUCGCGCCGCAACACACUCACUAACACAAACAACAACAUUCUGACAGAGCGCGAGCGCGCGUGAUGAGUGCACUAAUACAGCUAAACAAAACACUCUAAAUUAGACAGCGGUAAAAAAAAAGGCGCGCUGCAACCCAAUUGGAAGCUACAACUGUAAUAAACGUACUAUUGAUAAAGCAAAAUAGCAGUCCCCUUUAAUAAAUUGUAAUUAAAUUACGUCGCGAGACGAAAACACAAUUAGAGCGCUAAAUAUUGUAUUUAAAAAAACAAAAAACAUGCAAAAACAAACCUAUCUUUCGCUAAUCAUCAAAAAAACAAUAAUACUAGAAGAUAAAAAUGACUGAAUUUUUCGUAAUUCUUAAUAUUUAAGAUGUAGAAAUUAACGAAUCAAACAAAACUCGUUUAAAACUUAUUGACAAACAACAAAGAAGUUUGUUAAAAUUUCAUCGAUUCGGAACUUUGAGAUUACAAAAAAAAAUCAACAAUAACAGUCAACACAAUUAGGUCACCCCUCGUUUUGAAGCAAUUAUUUAGCGAAUUUUAUCAAAAUUCCAAAUUUUAAUUUCCCACACGUCACUGAAUAACAGCAAAAAAUAAAUAAACGAAUUAGUUUGUUCAAGCAAAUAUGCAAGCAAAUGCGGAUCUCCACCACCAAGUCGUAAACAAAAAAAGGAAGGGAUGGGCUAACGGAAAAAGUGAUAAAAAUCGUAAAAUUUUAUUUUUAUAACUUAUAUUACCAAUAUUUUCUAAUCGCUUAACAAUCGCCUAGUCGCGGUCAACAAACACAAUUACACACACACACACACACACCUAUACACUCUCACAAGUAAAGGAAUUUAGUUAGACUAUUAAUGGUAGUGCUUCAAUUUUUGAAACGAAAAGAAAACAAAAUCGUGUCGACAAGUGAAAAACACACAAAAUAUUACAGGAAAAAAGCAAAGCGAAUCGUUUGAGUGUUCAGGAAAAAAAAGCAAAAUUAACAAGAAAAACGUUUAGUUGUGUUUCGGAAAAAAGUGAAAAGUUCUUAUUUUGGUGACUCUUUUGGUACGGCAAAAAUCGAAAGUGUAAAUAAAUUUUGAACAAAUUAUGUACGCAAAAAAAGAAACGUGUAUUUAGUCAUAACAAAGCAAAAGUUAGAGGAGGAAAAAAUAGAAGUUUGGAUGGUAUCAAAAAAAAAAGAAAACAAAAAAUAUUAGAAACAUAUUAGUGAUUUAUUUUGAGACGAAAGCGUGAAACAAUAUUAAUUAAAACAAUAUGGUGAAAUGUGAUUAUUUAAACAAAAGAAAUUAUUUGUAAAAAGAAGACAAAAACCUGUAAAAUUGAAUGUGUUAGGAUUUAGGCUCUUGAGGAAGGAAAAAAACGAAACGAAACUCAUUUGGCUUUAGGCGAAAAAAAAAGAAAACAAGUGAUCAUCAAAAUAUAAUCUUUCAGCUAAAAAAACGAGCAAAAAAGUUAGAGAAGAAGCAAAGGCGGUUUAAAACCCCCAAAAAUCGGAAGCAUUUAGGAAGUGAUAUCGAAAUUCAAAAUUUCCCAAAAAGAAAAAAACAGCAAAAACAACUUUCGGAAGAAGCAAAAAAAUACGAAAAUAAAAAGUGUGGAACGCAAAAAUUUUAUAUCAUCUUUUCUAGGCAAACGAAGGAAAAAUAAAGAAAAUCAAUUUAGGCAUGACAAUAUGGGGACUAACAAAGCGAAAGGGAGGAAAAACAACAUUGGCACAGCUUUUGGAGAAUAAAAUCGGGGGAAAAAAAGAAGAAGAAGCACCACCACACUACGAAAACUUGACGAACAACAUCUAACUAAAGCUCUUUUGCAAAGCAAAAAAAACUAAAAUGUUUGUUGCCGACCGGCUGGCAACACUGGCCGUCACCGUAGCGUCGCGAAUCGAUUAUUUUUUAAAUUUGUUUUGAAAUGUUUUGAAGUUAAACAAAAAGAAACAAUCAUGGUUUGUUAUUUGUUGCUUACACACUUACUUGCGAAAAAAAAUCCAACAAGAUCUAGAGGAGAGGAGAGGAAAUAAACAUUGUAUAAAAGUUGAAACUUUAGUUGUUAUAACCCAACACUAUUGACCCUACACGAGACACCCCUUUUAAGAAAAUAAAAUAUUCAAGAACAGUUGGAGGAAAUUGUGUGUGAAAGGCUUUGCCCUACCUGCGAAGGCAAACUUUAGUUUCAGCGGCUUGUUUCUUUAGAGGAGCGCACAGUUUCCAAUACAAAAAUGCACUGCAAAAUAACAAGAUUUUUGAAAAUAUUUCAUUGUUUGACAACAAACCCCCUAAACAACAAGAAGGAUAGCAGAGGAAUCGUUCAAUAACCCAAUUUCGGUCAUACUUUUAUUUUGCUAGAAAAAAACUUAAAAAUAACAUUAACCAACUUUUCAGUCGAAAAGUGCACUGCAAAAAAUCGUAAAGACGCGCCCCUCGGUCGCGCCGCACCUGUCAAACUCGAGGGGAACGCCUCUGCGAUUUUUUGCAGCGUGCUUCCCGAUCGAAAAACAACAGAACAGCGACUCGAACCUGGUUGCAACAGAGAAGGAGAAAAGAGAGAAAAAGAAAAAAAAAAGUAGCGCAAGGGAAUGUCGGCUUCGUGGUGUUUAUGAUUUGUUUUUUGAAAAAUGGUGCCCCAAAAAGCUGCCUUAAAAUACAAAAAGUUACACAGAAUGGAAAACUCGCACACACACUUACACACAAAAACACUAAACACAGAUACGUAGCAACCACACACACACACACUUACAAGCAGAAAAGGGAAAGAGAGAGAGAAAGAGAGCGCAAAUCGGGAAGGGAGAAGGAGGAGGAAAGGGAAAUACAAACGAUAAAUACACACACAAGCAAAAAAAAUUGUGGGAGAAAAGACUGAAUGAAAAUUAUUUCAAAUUAUUUAGGAAGAAGCGAGAGCGAAAGAAAAGGUGAAGCAAACGAAGCAGGAAACAGGAAAGGGAAAAUUGCGUCAAAAAAGAAGGAAGCAAGUGUCACCCCCCUCGGUCACCGUGACAGCGCGCGCAGCAGUGUUGCCAAUUUGAUUUUGGAAAACCGACGGGGGGUAGUUUGAAGGAAAAUUUGGUGAACAAGGGAAAACGGUUGAGGCAAACAAAUGCAACCAGCAGUUUAUGAAAGCGUAUUUUUUUAGAGCUAGAAGCGUCUUAUUAUAGUUAUUUUUUUUCUUUGUUUCGAUCCAAAUUAAUUGUAAUCUAAAAGGGACGGCAAAACAAGCGAGAGAAAGAGAGGGAGAGAGAAGAGCGCGCUGAACAGAAAGGUAAAAUUAUGCAAUAUUCAAUCAUUAUUUUUAAUAUUCUAAACAAGAGAAAGGCAAAGCAAAAACUCCAAGCGAGAAGUAGCGGAAUAUGUAAAGGACAGGCAACAAAAAAAGUUUAAUUAUUACGCAUUUUCCAGGUCGUCGAUCGCGGGAAGGGGUUGCCAGUUGGAUCCAUAUUGUCGAGUUAGAAACUCUGGCAGCAGCAGUGCCGCCAGCGGCGCAGUUUGUGUUUUCUUUUCGUUCUAAAUUUUUACGUUUUUAAUGGAUAUUUGAUCCAAAGUUACACUUUUUACCUCCUUCUAUAGCUGUAAUUUUCCGUUACGUACUCUUUUUCGUUACCUUUUUAUCGUUAUCUAUCGUAAUUUUCUUGUUUUUUUGUUUGUUUGUUUGUUAAACGACGACCAUUUUGUUAAUCUGCUGCUGCGCCGGCACUGCGCACAGCCAAUUCGAGCGGUGACAAGCAGUGUCGAGCCCCUCGGUCAUCGCGUGGUUGUCAGUUUGACAGCUGCGCUGCGAGGGGUAGGACAGUUGUUGUUUUGUACUGUUUUCGAAGAGUUUUGCGAAAUUAUGUGACAAGAGAAAGGAAAUGGCGGCGCCUUCCCCGGAAAAUUUAAAUUAAUAAAGUAAAUAUUAACGUUUAGAUGUUAUUCUUAAUUGUAUACACAAAAAACAAACGCGCUAUAAAGGAAAAGAAAGUCUUGGAACGGAGACACUGUAAAGAAGCUACAAUAUAUUAAAAAGAAAACAAAACUAAAAGAAAAUCAAACACAGACGAAACUAAUCGGAAGUGAAGGCAAGCGACGUCAGAAUGGUGGACGAAAACAAAAAUAUUUGUAUAAAAAUAUAUAUUGAGAAGUUAUUAUGUUAAUUAUAUAUUUUUUAUUUUAUAUUGUAUUUUGAUUAUAAUAACGUAAAUUUUAAUUAUUUUAGAUAAAAUUACCCUUAUUUUUAGUUUAUACAAAACACAGGCAAGCCCAGAUUAAAUAUUGCAACUGCAAGAAAUCCAGACAAAACCCAAGCGAGAGAAUUUGAGAAUGCUAAAUUACGCAAGAAGCAAACAAAAACAAUGAACGAUUUCCCCCUUCUACCGUUAAAAAAUGGAAUACCUAUUCAUAGAAAUACAUUUUAAAAAUAAUUAAUUAAUUUUAAAUUAUCCAAAAGCCUCCACACACUAUUUUUUUAUUUAAUGUUUACAACGUUUAAUUAAUUAACGAUACGAAAGAGAAGCAACAACCCUUUCCCCUUAAAAAUUCACUUCCACAUACACACACAUCCUUACUUACACACCCCUUAACUUCAUGAACAACCCAAACAAAUGAACCAACACACUCACACGUACACUAGUUUAGCUAAUCCAGAAUGCAGAAGCCACCACUCACACACACAACCACACUUGAAGCAAGUAAACAAAACAAAAACAACAAUUAUAAUAUGUAUCACAGAAUUUUAACCUUAAACAUAGUGAAGCAAAAUAGUUUUAAUCUCUUUAUCUAAACAUGCAAAACUGAAAACAAUUAACUCUCCCAGAAAAAAAAAACAAAACAAAACCCAAUUCAAAGCAAAAUAACCAAUACGCAAGUAAACAAAAGAAUACCACCAAACACAUGCAAACACACUCUCACACACACUUACACACGUAACAAAAGUCACGAGCAACGCGUCUCGGAGAAGCGAAAAAAAGGUAAACAAACAAAAACAAAGCAAACCCCCUUGAUUUUGUGUAGACGUCAGAAGAGCGUAAACAACCACCACCACCAACACCACCAAGUUGAGCUAGUUUUUUUUUUCGUUGAAAAUUUCUCAAUUUCUGUUUAACGAAACAAGUGACAGAAGAAGAAAACAAAACAAACCCCAACAAGCCAUCCAAGGAGACAAUGGAGAAAGCGAGAAAGAGAGUAGCAAACUCAAACGCAGGCAGCCUCACAACACUAGUGCAAGAGAGCGCUCAGCGCGCAGCGAGAACAAUAGCGAAAAAGAGAGAGCAAGAAAGAGAGAGAGAAUAAGCCAACUAUCACAGCCAACUUUGCCGACGUUAUUGCGUUAAUUUUUUUAAUUAUUAUUUUUUUUUUUGAGUUCCUGAAGUAGGUUCAACUCAUUUACCAUUGCACACACACACACAUUUACAAACAAAAAACGUCCCUCGCCGAAUCGUUCAUUCACUAACACACGUAAACGUCAUCCGUCAGCGAAAGAUUCUAGAGUUUUUUUACGCUCUCCGUUUAUAAGUUUUGUUCACUAGUAGUUAGCGUUAUUAGUAGAGUAAUGAACCCACAUAUUCGUUGACAUUUCCACCUAACCUCCAACUCUCUUUCUCAGCCCACUCACACACACUCAAACAAAUGAGCAGACGUCAUUUUCAUACUCUCUCACUCACACUCACACUACCCUCUCACACACGAAAUCAUCUCUUUUUUCAAACAAUUGUUUGUUUUGUGCUCAGUGUUACCUUUGUUUGUUUUGUGUUUUGGAGAUACAAAAACAGCAUUUUUUAUUACUAGAUAAACAAACUAUUCCUUCAGUUCUCUCAAUUCCCCUUUUUAAAUCACACUCUCACCAAUACACACUUACAUCAUACGUACAUACUUGCACACUCAUACAGCUAUUAAGGAAAUUUCUUGAUUUUUUUAUUGUUUUGUUUUAGCAGUGUUUUUUUUUCUAUUAUUUGAUUAUUUUUUGGUUCGAAACGGACAAACAUUGGCCCCCCAUUUCUCAACAAUAACAACAGCGAAAAAAAAAUUAACAAAAACAAACACAACUACAAACAGCAAAAUCAACAACAAACACAAACACUUUGAAAAGGUGAUAACAAAAAAAAUAACAACAAAAAGCAGAUUUUGAAGGUUCGAUACAAAAUGAUGUGGAGAACAACAAACUGUACUGCGAGACAGGAUUUGUAUUUGUACACAUGAACGAAACCAGAUAGGGCAACAAAACAACUUUCAAUUUCACUUUAUCUUUAGCGCGUACUUCAGGCAAUUCAGAUAAAGAAAAGAAGAAGAAGGAAAAAAUGAAACCGGAAAGGAGCAGAAGCAAAAUAGUAGUAGAUGUAGAAGAAGAAGAAGAGGAAGACGCUA